GCUGCCGGCGCUGCCGGUGCCGGUGCCGGUCCGGUCCGGCGGGCCCGGGGCCGCGUGCGGGCGGGGCGGGGGCGGCGCUGCCGGCCCGGCCCGGGGCGGGGGGGCCGGACGGGACGGUGACGGUCCCCGGCGCGGCGGGCCCGGCGCGGCCGCUGGCGGAGCAUGAGGGAGCCAUGAGCCCGCUGCGGGGGUGGCUGCUGGCCGCGCUGCUCUCGCUCGCCCCGCGGGCAGGUGCUGCCGCGCAGGCCGGAGCUCUGCCGCGGAGGCUCCCGCGGGCCGCAUGGCAGGAAGGGCGGGUGGUCUCCCAAAUCACCCACCCCAGCAGGCUGGUGGGGCAGAGCUCGGGUGGAGAAGUCCCAAAGCAUCAGUUGGACACCAGGGUCAGGCAUGAGCCCGGAGGAGGAGAAGGUGGAGGACCCGGGCUGCACCUGGCACAGGUGAGCUUCAUGGUGCGUGCCUUCGGCUCAGCCUUCACCCUCGAUCUCCGGCUGAACCACCACCUCCUCGCCUCCCACUACGUGGAGCGGCACGUCGGCGCGGGCAGCAACAGCAGCCACAGCACGGGGGCAGGGGAGCACUGCUACUACCAGGGCCGGAUCCGGGGGCAGCCCCGCUCCUUCGCCGCUCUCUCCAGCUGCCAGGGCCUGCGCGGGGUCUUCUCGGACGGCCGAGCCACGUACCUGAUCGAGCCCCAGGCGGGCGCCGAGCACGGGCAGGGCCUUCGACCUCACAUCGUGCAGCGCGUUCCCAGCUGCCCCCGACUGGGCUGCCUCUUCCCCGCGCUGAGCCAGCGUGUCCCAGGUGGGAUACCAAAGCUGCGGCGGAGGCGGCAGGUCCGCCGAGCCCAGCACACGGUGCACAGCGAGACCAAGUACAUCGAGCUGGCCGUGGUGAAUGACCAUCAGCUGUUUCUGCAGCUCCGCAAGUCCGUGGUUCUCACCAGCAACUUUGCCAAGUCCGUGGUCAACCUGGCUGACAUGAUCUACAAGGAGCAGCUCAACACCCGCAUCGUGCUGGUGGCCAUGGAGACAUGGGCGGCCGAGGACCGGAUCCGGGUGGGACAAGACUCCCUGGAGACCCUGAACGAGUUUGUGAAGUACCGGCGCGAGGGGCUGGCAGAGCACAGUGACACCGUGCACCUCUUCUCGGGUCGGACGUUCCAGAGCAGCCGCAGCGGCACCGCCUUUGUCGGGGGCAUCUGCUCCCCUGCCCGCGCCGGCGGCGUCAACGAGUACGGCAACGUGGCGGCCAUGGCGGUGACACUGGCACAGACACUGGGGCAGAACGUGGGCAUGAUGUGGAACAAGCACCGCUCGGCCGCAGGGGACUGCCGCUGUCCCGACGCGUGGCUGGGCUGUAUCAUGGAGGACACAGGGUACUACCUCCCACGGAAGUUCUCCCGCUGCAGCAUCGAUGAGUACAACCAGUUCCUGCAGGACGGCGGCGGCAGCUGCCUCUUCAACAAACCCCUGAAGCUCCUGGACCCUCCGGAGUGCGGCAAUGGCUUUGUGGAGGCAGGCGAGGAGUGCGACUGCGGCUCGCUGGCGGAGUGUGCGAGGAGUGGGGGAAACUGCUGCAAGAAGUGCACCCUGACCCACGAUGCCAUGUGCAGCGAUGGGCUCUGCUGCAAGGGCUGCAAGUACGAGCCACGUGGUGUGUCCUGCCGGGAGGCUGUGAACGAGUGUGACAUCCCUGAGACCUGCACCGGGGAUUCCAGCCAGUGUCCCCCCAACCUCCACAAGCUGGAUGGAUAUUUCUGUGAGAACGAGCAGGGUCGAUGCUACGGCGGACGCUGCAAAACUCGGGACCGUCAAUGCAACGCGCUGUGGGGCCGCAGCUCGGCCGAGCGCUUCUGCUACGAGAAGCUGAACGUGGAGGGCACGGAGCGGGGGAACUGCGGGCGCGAAGGCCUGGGCUGGCUGCAGUGCAACAAGCAGGACGUCCUGUGCGGCUUCCUCCUCUGCGCCAACAUCUCGGGGUCGCCGCGCCUGGGGGAGCUCAGCGGGGAGAUCGCCACCACCACCUUCUACCACCAGAACCGCUACGUGGACUGCAGGGGCGGCCACGUGCAGCUGGUGGAUGGCUCGGACCUGAGCUACGUGGAGGACGGGACGCCCUGCGGGCCCGGAAUGCUCUGUCUCGACCGCAAAUGCCUUCCAGCCACCGCCUUUAACUUCAGCUCCUGUCCUGGCAGCUGGGACGGGAAGAUCUGCUUCGACCACGGGGUUUGCAGCAACGAGGGGAAGUGCAUCUGCCGGGCGGAGUGGACGGGGAAGGACUGCAGCGUCUACGACCCCAUCCCUGAGCCGAAGCCGACGGGGGAGACGGAGCGAUACAAGGGUCCCAGUGGCACCAAUAUCAUUAUCGGCUCCAUCGCGGGGGCCGUGCUGGUGGCUGCCAUCGUCCUAGGGGGGACAGGCUGGGGAUUUAAGAACAUCCGCCGAGGAAGGUACGACCCGGCGCAGCAGGGAGUGUAACCGUGUCCCCCCC